AUGCAAUCUAGUAUUCUUAAACCAGGAGCAAAAGUUCUUUUAGUCGAUGAUUUACUUGCUACCGGUGGUACAUUGGGUGCAGCACAAAAAUUAUGCGUUGAACUUGGUUAUGAAGUAGUUGAAACUUUAGUAAUAAUUGAAUUAAUUGAUUUACGUGGACGUGAAAAAUUAACUGAUAUUGAUCACUUUACAACGUUAUUUCAAUUUUUAGAAUCUGACCUUGAAGCAAUUGCAGCUAAAUUCGAAUAA